AUGAAUGUAAAGAGUACUUCUAUAUUUCUUAUUAUUUUAACUAUAAUACUAUCAACUCCUAUUUACUCAAUUCGAUUAAGAUAUCAUAGUAGUGGAAUAAUUGGUGGUAAUCUUGUUCCAAGGCCAUUUGGCUCAAAUAGUGGCUCGUUUAAACAUGUUGAACUGAAGAAAAAAAACGGCAAUGGUGAUAGUAAUAAUAGUGAUAAAAGUAAAAGUAAAGAGAAAGGUGAGUUAGAAGGAAGUGAUAAUCAAAGUAAUAGUAAAUUGAAUGUUAAACACCUUUCAGAAGAUAAUGAAGAGAAUAAGGACUCACAAAAAGACAAAGAAGGUGGACCACAUCAAAGAAGAGUACAUAGACUUCUACUAACUGGAGGUAAUUCAGGUGCAAAGUCACCACCACCACCAUCAUCGUUACCACUACCUCCACCACCAUCACCAUCACCACCAUCACCAUCACCACCAUCACCAUCACCAUCACCAUCACCAUCACCACCAUCACCAUCACCAUCACCGCCACCACCAUCACCACCAUCACCACCAUCACNNNNACCACCAAAAAUACCACCACGACAACCAUUACCACCACCACCAAAAAUACCACCACGACAACCAUUACCACCACCACCAAAAAUACCACCACGACAACCAUUACCACAAUCACGAUUUCCUAGACUAUAUAGUCUAGGUAAUAGUUCAAGUUCAGCUAGAAGAGAUCCUGCAGGGGAUGAAGUUUAUUUAAGUUAUUAUAGAAGAUAA